UUAGCUCUACAUCCGAAUCGUUCACCACAGACCCUUUUGCGCACUUUGAACAAUGCAGUGAGAACCAGUUAUUUUUUUUCUCCAUACAAACCUCAGCCGAAAAGUAAAUGUAUCUACAACCGUAUCUUCAUAGGAUCCAGUUCAGCCUUCUUCAUUUGCAAACCAAAACAUUAUGGCUCCUAAAAUAUCAAUAUCAAUAUCAAUAAUUAAAAGAAAUCUACAUUAUCUGAACCAGCAACUUGCAGCUGCUUUUAAAAAUAGUAGUGUUGUGGUUAAAUUCAUAUGUAUAGUGAACAUAUUUUGCUACUUUCUUUCUUUCAAUGAAACUGCUAUUCGAGUUAUAAGUGUCACUCCAGGUUUUAUUAUUCCUCCGAAUUUUUGGGUUUGGACUGCAUUCACACAUUGUUAUUUAGAAACAAAAUUCUAUUUAUUGUUAGCUGAUGUCAUAACAGUUGGAUUAUGUGGGAAGCUUCUGGAACCAUUAUGGGGAGCCAUGGAAAUGCUGACAUUUUUUGCAUUAGUAAACACAUCAGUAGCAUUUCUAUCAGUGAUGUUUUAUAUUGUUAUCUUCACCGUAACAUCUGAUCCUCGUUAUCUAUUCUCUGUUCAAAUACAUGGUUUGGCAGGCUAUUGUGCUGCUGUUUCUGUGGCUGUUAAACAAAUUAUGCCAGAUCAUGUUCUUGUUACUUUUCCGUGUGGAAAGCUGCGGAACAGAAAUGUACCUCUCUGUGUUCUAAUAUUGAGUUUAAUUUUGUGGCCUAUUGGCAUUGUUGGGGGUACUUAUCCUGUCAUGUUUACGUCUGGUCUGUUAUCAUCCUGGGUAUAUUUAAGAUUUUAUCAACACCAUAGCAAUGGAACAACUGGUGAUAUGGCUGAUGGUUUUACAUUUGCUAGCUUCUUUCCAAAUGUUAUUCAACCACCCUUGAUUUUAGUUUCAAAUGCUGUCUUUGACUUUUUUGUGCAUGUCAAGUUGUGCAGGAAACCAGUUCACAAAUAUAACCAAGUUCCAACAUCUGUGACAGUUACCAUUCCUGGCACGGAUCCCCAUGACGCUGAAAGACGAAGGCAAAUUGCUUUACGUGCCUUGAGUGAAAGAUUGAGCAAAGUUGAAUCUAGUCCCUGGCCUCUAAUUCCAGAUGUAUCCAAGUAUGCUGAAAAAUCGAAAAGUGUUAACUUGACAAUGCCACCAAUCUUAUCACCUCAUCAAAGUUCAACAGCAUUAGCUACAAACUCUAAGCCUCAAACUGCACACAGUGAUGAAACCGCCAGAAUAACAACACAUCCUUCAUCAGAACAGUGAUUUAUUUUAUUCAUUUUAAAUUCAUUUUCAUUUAUAUUUUGAGAGUCAUCAUCAUCUACUAUUAUAUUAAAACAAAAGAGUUCAUGUUGAAUUGCCAACAAUAGUGAGAAACGAGUAAAGUAACAUUUGAUUUGAUGUUUUGUGAAGUUUAGAGAUAAAUUGUUAAUUAUCUAUAGAAAUUGGUUAUUGAUCAAUGUUAAAAAAAAAGACAAAAAAAGAUUAUAUAUAUUCUAAACUGUGAUCUCAAAAUACUAAAAAAAAUAUUUUUAGGUUAUACUUCAUAUUUUAGUGUGCAUAUUUUGAUUGCUCUUUCAUUAUUUUCUCUAUUAAUAAUAUAUUAUCUUAAUAAAAUAUUAUUCUAACAUUCAAUUAUAUGUAGUUUCCUAUAAAAGAUUUAAUAAUUAAGAAUAUAUAUAUAUAUAUGUAUAUUAUAUCAUACAGAAGAACUUAGUUAAGUACUGUUCAAAGUUGACAGAGGAAUUUGCUUUUCAUUGUUUUUCAAAAUAUCUCUUUAUUAUUUUUAUUUACCAUAAGGAAAUGAACAUAGUGUUAAUGAACAAAAACUGGUCAAUCUUACUGCUUUCUUAUUAUUAAAUAUUUAUAUUAAGUUAAGUUUUAAACAUUGACUCUAAGCCGGUAUUUCCAUUCAUAGUACAAACUAAAUUGAUUUGUGAAAUAUGAACCAAUAUUUAUUGCAGGAUUUUUAUGUAUCUUGUAUAAGUUAUUGUUCAGUGUAAUACAAUAAAAUUGUUCUUUUUCACAACUGCUUAUAUUUUUGUGAAUAUUGAGCUUACUAUUAUGUGUUAAUCAGAUGUAAAAGUUGUAAUUUUAUUGAUAUAAAAAAGUAUGUUGUAAAAUA